CGUUGAAUCAACUACAAACCUCCCCAUCUGCUCCGGGUCUCUGUCGCCUUGGACCCUCGCGAGCAGCACUCCCUUCUCGCAGCACAUCGGGCAUCUAGAAUGAUAUAGCUGUCUCGCCAAUGGCUCCCGUCCCGGAAGCCUAUUUCCCGUCCCUGGACAAGUGCUUCUCCGGGGACGUUCAGCUUCUGUCCUGGAGGAGAGCCUUCCUUCACACCUGCAGUAUUGACAAUAACGUCGAAGAUGUAGAGAAGCUCCAUGCCUUCUUGUCGCAUCCCGACAGCGUCCAGAUUCUUUCGAAUUGCCUCAACGCCUUCCCUUCCCCAUCCGCGAAAUCGAAGUCGGACUUCGAAUCGAAGACAGCUGCGAUCCACGUGGAGACAAAUGCGCAAGCAUCGUACGACUUGAAGGAAAUCAAAGCUGAUGCUUCAUGGCUGAGCGAAAAGGCGGGCAUUGAUGAGACCAGCGCGCUUCGGUUAACAAUUCUUGAAUGGCAGAACCGACCUGCCACGCGCCUUCUCACUCGAUUUGCCGACGAGGAAACAACAAGCCUCCAAAGUGCAGCAGGAGGCGACAAUCUCCGCGUGUCUCUCGCAGGGCCUGCAUUUGCUGAAAUUCUCAACCGGAAAGCAGCCCGUGACGAUGAUGCCUCCGAUUUCUCUUCAGAGACCAGCCGCCGUCUGCGCUUGCGCAACUUAUAUCUUUCGGAGAGAAGCCACGUCGUCAAGCUAGCACGCAAGCUACUUGGAUUAUAUCUCAGCGACAAUCAGGAUACCGUUGCCUCCCAGGAACCCUCGAACCGUCAUGGUCAGCUGUUGUGCAAGUUGGGCGCCACAAUAUUCAAAGAAAAGUCUGAGGGCGAAGGCUGGCGCACGUUCAACCAGGGGUGCAUUGAAGCUGUGCGAAGUCGAUUGUCUUCACUAGAUGGUGAUGCUGGCUGGCUAGGCGCUACCGAGUGCAACCAGGAAGUGGAAGAUCUGCGGGCGACUACUCUAGUUGAGGAAAUAAUACAUAUAGUGCAGAUGUUGUUCCUGCAGCUUCAAGCGUCUACAGAGGUCCCUGCUGCGGAUCUUUUGCUCUCUUGGCUUCGUUUGAUGGUCGACAACAGCUUUUUGGAACCGCUACGAGUUCCAUGUCAGGAGCCCAUGGAGCUAUUGGUGCCACUUCAGGGCUUCGUCUCUCUCACAACACUUGCCUUCAUGAAGCUACCACUGUCGGUUCCCUCGAUUAUCACCGAUUCUUCAAAGAGAAGCCUGUCUGCCAAGGCACCCUACUACCUCUGUAAGGAGGAGAUUGGCCAGAUAAACGAGAUUUUCUUGACAGCAGGUGUAGAUGCCAAGACUGCUAACCCAGCCGCAUUCUCCUGGGGACUGGUCUUGCAUACCAUGAGAGAACUUGCGCUCAACGACAAAGAGAGUCGGGAGUUGGAACAAUUCCACAGUGCAGUCGAUUCCUUUCAGUCGAAUACACCUCACGCGAGUUCCUCUCGGACUUCAGAACUGUCUUUAUACGAGGAGUUGCUUGAGAACGCGCGUGCUCAUAAUUUCACGGCAGAUGAGUCGAUAAGUUUUCUGACUUCAGAUGUGAUGAGGGACGCCGUGUUUGAAACAAUCCUUAUCCUGGCCACCAAAGUUGGAACCGCUUCAGCAGUUGAUGAUCUUUUGACGAGUCAAUGGGUUCAAGUUAUACUCUUAGAUUUCGUCCGCAUCGCCGUCGUGUAUCUGGACUAUUCCCCGGAGAUCGUGGAGUCCAUCCUGGCAAUUCUUCAGGGCCCGCCAGCAGAAACACAGUGGCUUCAGGGUGCCCUGUCGAACUCCGCCAGCGACCCUCGUUCGAUCUUUUUGAGGGAAGAUUCCAUGAUGGACAACAUCUUUCGGAUAGCGCGUUCUCGCUUUCCCUAUGAAAAUGUGCCCUUCUUGAAGCUGUGCCGCGCAUUGGUCAGCAAAGAUCUGGUCAACGAGGAAGGCCUUCCGGACAUACUUAGCGAAUUAGAGAACAUGGAUUCAUUUACGCAGGUCGUACCCCCCGGAUUCCAAGGCUACGAAACGAUUCGAGAGGACGAGAACGCGAACUUUGUUACCCUCGUUCAGUCACUGCCAAUGGUCGGCUCAUCUCCCCGAAGACAGAUCACCGAGCAGGAGGUCAGUAAUGCCUUGGUUGUAACAGGCUCGUCACAAAUCCCUUCUGCAGCAAUUGGCCAAGUCGUCUCCGAGUCACGUCCGGCAGUUGUCAUGUGGCAUCACCAGUAUUCUUGUCUGAGUUACCUCGGAAGUUGGCUAGAGGAAUGGAAUGAGCGUGGGGGUUUCUCAUCAGGCUAUGGAGAAGACUCCGUUGCUGACUCAAUAGGGCUACUAGCCGACCUUCUCUUUGCGGUCAAGGAUUCGCCAGUACAGAAUGGUGACGGUUCAAGUGCCAAAAGAAUCCUGGAGCUUGCAAGCGAUGGGCUAUCCCGCCAAAGCGACAUUAUCUCGUUGGUGUUUGAGAUUUUCGAACGUAAUCUAUCCAAUAUUGGGCCCAGAGCGGGCUCUGAGACCGUCCUGGAGUCUACGAUUGCCUGCCUGCGUUUUAUCUGCAGUCUCAUCGAUGUUCUGCCGGGCAGAGUAUGGCCGUUGCUUUCUCGCAGUAGCCUGCUAGGCUCCGAUGGCAAGGGUGGCAUCAUGACGGCGAUCGUUUCUGCUACAGAAGUGACGUCGGGCGAUUACCCAUUCUUGCUGGGCUGCGUCCAGUUGUUUGAGGCUGUUGUUGAUGAUGCUUCCUCCCGUGCAGUUUUGAGACGGAGCCCGAAUGGUCCCAAUGGCAAAACAAUGCUGGCCUCCGACUGGACCGCGGGCGUUCCAUCUCAUAUGAUGAGAGGAACUCUGCUGAACUUCGUGCGGAUUAUGGUGGAGGUUUACAAUAGCUGUGGCAAUUGGAGGUUCAAUGUGCCAGAACAGAGGCUCGCGAUUACCACGAAACUUCCAACGGCAUUUGAAAAGAUCCUCUACUAUGCUUACGGCACCAACGAAAUUACCAAGUUGGAUACGAAGAUCACGGGCGUCUUUUCCUCAUCGGCCAAGUAUCUCCUCGAUGUCUUACGGCCACAGUCGGCCGCCGAUCUACCCUUCAAUUCCAUCCUUCGCCUCAUUGUCGAUGGCCUCCAGACCCCUUCGACGUUGUACCUCCGCUACAUGACUCUCGUUCAAAAGCAGGUGCUAGCAACCUUGGAGCUUUCGAUUAGGCUGCUACAGGCGGCACAACUCACGGGGCAGCCACUAUCACUGCUGGAAGAUCAACUGUUUAAGGCCACCCCCGCUCUCGUCAAACUGUAUGCCUCGGACGAUGUCUAUCGACGCCCGGUCGCUUCACUUCUUGACGCCCUUAUAGCAGGCGCAGCCCUGGACCCGGCCAAUGAGCCGCCGUCCUUGGUCGGCCAUUUGGGCGCGGAAUCCGCUUGUCUCUUUCUCGAUGUCCUGUCGCAAUUUGACAAGCCUCUUAGCGACUCCAAGCUGCACUUGUCCAUCUGGAACUUGCUCUCAACUCUUGUCAGCAAGCGCCAACAGUGGCUGGCAGUCUACAUCCUUACGGGCACGUCGCCCCGCCAGUCGCUGAAGAAAACCGACAAAGAGAAGAGCGUGGCGAUGAGGGGUGCCCCUUUCCUGCAGAUUGCACUCGACAUGCUAUCGCAUAUUGAACAGCUUGACCUUCAGCUGGCUGUCUCGUUACUUGAGUUCAUCUCUCAUGCGCAGGAAAACUGGCCGUGGGCCACCCCGGCACUGAAGAAACACGCCAGUUUUUUCACCAGUCUCGUGAAUUACGUCUCGAAGUUGAAAAUAUCGUUUCUGUCCGUGGUUAACCAGAUCUUCGCUACUCGAGUUGCAGCUGUCGUGGCCGAUAUCUGCGCCGUUUACCUGCAUUCCGCCAAGGAAAUGCAUGACAAAGGCUUCUACAAGACCUUGAUUCCACUCGUGUCUUGGUUUGCUAAAGACGCGGUUGAAGUGUCAGGGUACAAUGCAUCGCUCCAUGCCAACCUCAAAAAGAAUUUUGAGAUGAGAUAUCCCGGGUGCAAGCUCAUCGACUUCAAGCGAACCUCUUUGCAGCCUCGUCAUCUCGGCCAAGAAUACUACUACGACAUCGACCUCGGCAAGAAGCUCCUCUCUUACGAUUUCGCGUGGACCGGAAGUCGCAAUCAAGGGUUUGCCGAAGAAUUCCAGCGGGCCAAUCUUAAUUUGUCUCUGGUCGAGGCGCAAGUGAGUCUUCUCCAUAGUUGGAAGUUCUUCGCCAUCGAGCACUGUGCGGACUUCAUGAUGGACCGCGAGGUUCAAAAAUCGAUGGCCAUCGUGGUGCAGAGCUGCCUUGAAGCCAACACCAGGGGCGUUCCCCAAGAGGCCAUCUUCGAGAGAAUCCAACAAACUCGCGUAGACUUCGCUCAAGCUCUGCUCCAGCGACUAGUUGCGAUCGGAGCAAACGGCGCUGAAGUCUUUGGUCUUCUCAAGGCCGUAUGGGAUGCCUUGCGCACUCGUCGUGCCACGUAUGAGGAGGCGUUGAUCAACGACGACACCGAGUACUACCGAUCGCUUCUUAAUGUCCUCUUCCUCACUCUCCAGUUCCACCUCGACUCGCCUUCUCGAACAGCGCCUGGGAUUCUUACCAAGAAACCCGAGGUAUCGUCAGACCUGGGUAUCGUUGUUGAGAUUGUGAAGGUGGUGGUGGCGCAAGGGUUCAAGGCCUUGACCACGUACCUGCAUGACCAACCAGACAAGUGCACGCCGAAAGAUUUCGCCAUCCUCAUCGCCAUCCUGCAGAGCUCAUUACAAGUGAAGCACGUUGACCGCUUGUUUGAGCACAUCGUCUACCACAUUGCUGACAAUGACACCGCGAGACUGGCGACGUCGUUGUUUUCGUGGGCCGAUCAGCUUGCAGUGGCCGGUGACCCCGUCUACGGCGAGCUCAGCAUGUCUCUACUCGUCAAAAUGUCCACCAUCCCUAUGCUAGCGGAACACCUAGCGGUCGAGGUGGUCCUGGUCCGCCUCUCCACCUGCCGUCUCACGAACAUCCUGCGAGAUUCCAAUGGAUUCGGCCCAUUCGACCCUGUGCCUCGAUUGUACUCCAUUUGGACAGCCGGGAUCCUUCCUUUGUGUCUGAACCUCCUCUACCACGUCGUCCGCAGUGCGCCAGAAGUAGCCGCCUUCCUCAACCAAUUCGAAGGCCAACUCAAACGAGCCGCCGAAUCUUUCACUGCCGGUCGCACAGCUGUUCCGACCCGCCGGAUCAGCCUGAGCAUGGCUUCCGAGGCAUACUCGCUCGCGCUCAUCUCGUACAUCCUAUCCCGAUUCCGCGAAGCAGGAGCCAGCCUCGGAAUUGACGCACAGUCAAUCCAAGAACUGAAGUGGGACAAAGCACAAGUGAAGGAGGACAUCGAAGAGCUCCUGGAACGGAAGCAGAGUCUCCGGACGCGGAUCAUCGCGACUAGCGAGAAGGAACUGGAGCUGGCUCGCCAGAAGCCGGCCGACGCCGCCUCAGGGGCGCAAAGUCGGCUGGAGGAGAAGAUUGUGAGCGAGCUGAAGGCAACCUUGGCGUGCCUGGGGGGUGAUGGUGACGAGGCGUAAUGAAAUGGUCUUUAUAGCUGUUUAAGGGGUUGGAUGUUUUUCUCAUUUCAUUAUGGUUUAUCUGGUCAAUGACUUAGGGGCUGCUUUUCUUUCUUCCUGCUUUUCCUCUUUUCAAUACAACUCUAGCAUGCAUAUACUUGGUGUGACGGGAGUGUAGAUCUCG